AUGGACCCAGCACUACAGACGACCAACAAGCCUAGGACAAGGCAACGAAAACACAAGACGCCUCCUUCACUGGACGUUCCAGAUAUCAACGAGAAUGCGGCGGAGAGGAAGCGGAUUCUAAACGUAUUGGCCCAGCGGCGAUAUCGUAAGCGGGAAGCCCAUGCUCAUCAAGCCCAGAUAAGCGACCAGGCUGGGCUCGCCGUUGCCACUACAAGAGCAAAGGCUCUUGAGGUUAUGAGGAGGAAUGAGCCCGAGACCACUGUCAAUUGGGAUCCGGCCGCCUUCAGUACACCAGACGACAAUGCAACGCUUGGCAACUUCAGCGACCUGGCUGGCAGUGCAACCGAAUGUGGAGCAGUACGACCAUCAUUUCGGGAGGACAUGCCAUCCCCAAGCCUCUCCAGCAUCCAGUCCAUAGAUACCAUUGACCCGAUGGCACUCUUCGGAUCCCUAAUAGGAUCGCCAUCCUCCACAUCCAAGAGUGACGUUUCCUUCCCGGACACGUACCUCUUGCCCGUCAUCGAGCUCACACUCCUCCGUGCCUUCAUGCGCAUAGCCAGCCGACUGGGUUGCACGUCCAGCGUCUGGGACAUCCACGCGACCUCCCCUUUCACGGACCCCUCGUCGCCCACGCAACACCUGCCACAGACGUGGCAGCCCACCACAGCCCAGCUGCUGGUCCCCCACCACCCUCUCCUCGACUUCCUGCCAUGGCCGUCGGUGCGCGAGAAGAUCAUCUCCGUCUUCACCCUACCGGAGGAGAUGCGCCCUGCGGCCGCCAAGUCGCCCACCGCGCUGGUCCAGUUUGCCUACGACCUCGAGGACGGCGCCGAGGGCAUCCGGAUCUGGGGCGAAGAUCCAUACGACCCGCUGAGCUGGGAGGUUGGACAGCUGUUGUUUGAGAGGUGGUGGUUCAUCUUUGACGGGGCCGUCAUCGAGCAGAGCAACUCUUGGAGGGUCAUGCGUGGUGCGGCAAGGCUGAGGAUCACUGCUGCCGAGGACACAAGAUAA